UGUGUGUGUGUGUGUGUGUGUGAGGAGAGGGACGUGGUUGCAGUGGUGGUUCCUUAUGAGUAGCUUCUCACGUAAGGAGGUACUUUUGAUGAAAAAAUAAUAGAAUCUUUGAGUCAAUCCCGAUAGAUUUCUCAAGUCAAUGUUUUCUUGAAAAUAACAACAGCAAAGAAGAAGAAACACCCUAUUUUUCUUUUUAUCUUAUUACAGUGGAAACUCUCUGACUCUGUUCUGUCGAGUUGCUUCUCUUUUGUCAAGAAUUAAGGUUCUCUUCUAUUUAAAGAAACUAGCACUUUUACCGGUGAUUGAGUGUGAUGGAGCCGGUGGGAUACAGAUUCCAUCCAACUGAAGAAGAAAUCAUAGAUCAUUAUCUGAGUUGCAAAUUGAACGGCCUUGAUUCCCUUGUUGAUGCUUAUAUUGGUGAGAUUGAUCACCUUUAUCAGUGGGAUCCAUGGGAUUUACCUGACUUUGCAGUAAUUCAGUCAAAUGAUCGAGUGUGGUAUUUCUUUUGUCGGCAUGACUACAAGUUCCCAAAUAGUAAACGAGUUAACAGAACAACCAAGAAUGGAAACUGGAAAUUGACCGGCAAGGUUCGUAAUAUCACGCGUAGAGGCACAAAUGAGGUGAUUGGUACUAAGAAGAAUCUGGUUUUCCUACACAAAUGUCCUGAUUCUAAAAAAACUAGGUGGGUCAUCCAUGAAUUCCAGGCUAAAACUCCCCCUCCUGAUGAGAGGGCUAUUGUUCUUUGCAAGUUAAAGAACAAGGCAGAUGACUCAGCUGCCAAUUCGCCUAAUGAUGAAGGUGCAGAGACUAAUAUCCUAGAGGUAGAUGCAGAGCAACGGCUAUCUCUCUUUAACAGCCAGAGGGAGGAUUCCAAUUUUCCUUCGCCACUGCAGUCACUGAUCAAUGCACAGAAUUACCUUUCAGAUGAAGAGGAUUUCAAUUUUCCUUCGCCACUGCAGUCACUGAUCAAUGCACAGAAUUACUUUUCAGAUGAAGAGGAUGUGACAGGGUUUGCAUUUGCGGACUCAUUAAUUGUUGAUCCAGAUGAAUAUGGCACUGAAAAUGCUGCACUCUCUCUCCCAAAUGACCACAGCUCACCAAGGUCAUCAAGGAAAGCUUAUGCUGAGGAUAGCAGUGACAGAACAACUUAUCAUGCGAAUGGAGAGUCUGCAAACUUGUAUGGUGGGCACGGUAAUUUGAAAAUAUCUCGGCAGCUGCAAAUGGCUCACGGUGAUGAUAUUCUCUUGAUGGGGGCAUCUUCCACGGAUUCCACUACUGCAACUCGACAUGAACAUAUCAAAUUAAUGCAAUCAGGUGGUGAAGUAAUUCCAAGGACUCGCCAACCUCCGCCUCCAGUAGCGCCCAGCUUUGUAGAACGCAAGGAAGUUUCUCAUAAAAGAGUUAAAUUGCUGCGCGGAGUUUCAAAGGCUGGAGAAGGUAGAAAGGAAAGUGCUGAUAUUGAUCUGCCUCAGAAGGAAAGUUUAGGAAGAGAAUCUGAAACAAACAGGAAAAUAGUUCCGGUUAUCAAUGCAAAACCACGUGCAAAAUCGAGAUCAAAUGAGUUAGGUGGCAACGAUAGGAAGGGUCGUUUCAUUCACCUUGAAACAACUAUAUCAAGCCAUGGAUCAAGCCCUCUAUCGGUUUAUCUUUUGAACGCAGUCUUAGGUCUGCUUCUAUUCCUAAUCAUGCUUAGAGAAGCGCUGACUGUUCACUGAGAGAUGCCGCUCUUAAAAGGGUAUACGGUCAAGCAUUCUGUCCCAAACAGAAUUGUCUAUCCAGUAUAAUACAUUCUUCUGUGUUAGGUAUUGUGGUAGCUUUGUAGUUGCGGUUUGAAAAAAGUUAUUUUAUAAAAAGUAUUUUUAGUUGAAGUUGGUUUGAUAUUUA